GUAGUACGGUAUGCAUCACAAGGAGGGUAUGAAAUGGCAACACCGCUCUGCAAGCAGACUCUGAAAGGUUAUGCUUUAUGUGACGUUGAAAACGGAAUGAAGACUAUGGAUGAAUCGGAUUUUUCAGUAAGCCGUGAAAUUACAAAAUGUGAAAAAGUGGAGAUAAUCGAUUGUGAUAUUGUAGUGAAAUGGUUUUGCAGCGUUAACACUGAAACAAUAACAAGUUCAUUGGAAUGCUAUAAUUUAUUUGAUAUCGAUAUCGUACUAUUCCAAGUAUGCUCGAAACAAACAUUCUCCCUUGCCGUUAUCACCAAAACAAAGUGA